AUGGGGAGAGGGAGAGUUGAGCUCAAGAGAAUAGAGAAUAAAAUCAACAGGCAAGUCACUUUUGCCAAGAGAAGAAAUGGCCUGCUCAAGAAAGCUUAUGAGCUCUCAGUUCUCUGUGAUGCUGAGGUUGCCCUCAUUAUUUUCUCAGGGCGUGGAAAGCUGUAUGAGUUCUGCAGCAGCAUAAGCAUGAUGAAAACACUGGAAAAGUACCAAAGGUGCAGUUAUGGUGCCCUGGAUACCAAUCAACCUGCAAACGAGACUCAGAACAGUUACCAGGAAUAUUUGAAGCUUAAAGCAAGAGUGGAUGUCCUCCAACGAUCUCAGAGAAACCUUCUUGGGGAAGAUUUGGGGCCACUGAACACAAAGGAGCUCGAGCAGCUUGAGCAUCAACUAGAGUCAUCCCUGAAGCAUAUUAGGUCAACAAAGACUCAGUUUAUGCUGGAUGAGCUUUCUGAUCUUCAAAACAGGGAACAAAUGCUUGUUGAAACUAACAAAUCCUUGAGGAGGAAGCUGGAAGAAACUAAUCUGCAAGGUGCACCACUUCGUCUGGCAUGGGACGGUAACUAUGGCCAGAACAUUCAUCAGCACAACAACCGUCUUCCUCCCCAGUCACAAUGUUUCUUUCAGCCACUGCCAGGAAACAACAACUCCCCCAUGCAAAUCGGAUACGCUCAAAUGGGCUCAGAUCAUCAUCAGCAGAUGAAUCCAGGAAAUCCAGGCCAGACUAUGAAUGGAUUCAUUCCUGGGUGGAUGCUUUGA